GGUUAUUUUUUUCUUGUUAGAAGUCUCCCAGUUAUCGGUGGAAAUCCUUGCAAACACAUGGAGAACACACAAACUAAACACAUAUUGAACCCAAGUCCUCAGUGCUGUGAGACAGUAAUGCUAACCACUAUGCCAACUGUGCUCUCCCUUUAAUAUGAAGAAAGAUGUAUCAUCACACAGUGGUGGGUGGGGCAUGAGGAUUGCAAUCUACAUCAGCACACAUCCACGCUUCCCAUUGGUCCAAAAAGUAGCACUCAUGCCGGAAGGUGGGUCGAAUGCUGCUACCCAUGCCAUUCCUGCACCUCCCCCACCACUGCCAACCCUCUGCCCACCACCUCCAUCACUGGUGAAGAGCAAGUUCUUCAAGAAGGUGGCGGACAGCAGCGACCCCUCGGUUGGAGAAUGUGAAGAGUUAAAAAAGUUGAUCAAGAAACUAUUGGACAGGUGCUGCGAGACGUUAAAGUGGAUCCUGUAUAACCAGCACAUACCAUCCUUGAUACAGGAGGGCCCGCAGUGUGGCCUGGUUGCUCUGUGGAUGGCAGGAGGACUAUUGGGCAUUAAGCACGAGGUGCCCCUGGACACAAUUGUACAGAUGGCCGUGUCUAGAGGAUACACCGCCCUGGGGGAAAUGUUCUCAGCUGCUAAUAUGGCCUGUCUGGCAGAAGAGGUGUAUGGCUGUCACUGUGAGCUCCUCACAGGAGGAAUGGAAGGAGAGAACAGAGAGCGAAUCCUGCGUCACCUGACUGAGGGGCUGCCCGUUCUUAUCCCAUACGAUGAGGACUUCAACCAUGAGCCAUGCAAGAGAAAUGGGCACAGAGCACACUGGGCGGUUAUCUCAGGUGUAUUAUUUGGCAUUUGGAAUGGUUCUUUACAUCCAGAUCCUGAAAUUCCUGGACUAUAUUACCCACCAGCCAACCUUCCUGCCCUGCACUCAGAUGACCUAGAACAGAUCUACCUCAUUGCCAAGCAGGGCAAGAGCCUUCGGUAUCAGUUGUGGGAAUAUGGGUGUGUGAGCCUCAGUAACAGCCAGCUUCUCCAGCUGGACCCUAAGAGAUCCUGUGAUGGUAAUACCUAUGUGAUUCCUGAGGGUGGCGUACGAGACGGGCUUAGUGGCAAAACCUUGCUCCUGAAACGCUCAGAGAACUGAAAACGUGCAAGUGGAAUAAUAUCCAUGGCCACCCAACAAGACACAAAGACAUCUCGGUUUGUUGACUUUAAUUAGAUCGCCAUGCGUGUUUAUCUGCAAGCCAUGCUCCAAUUGAAGCUUCUUGGAACCAGUGGAAAUUAGAUUGGUGGUACAGGAUGCCACAAUAUAGAAUCAGUGGCCUGGAAAGAAUUAAAUUAAACCCAAAGUAAUAAACCAGAACA